AUACAUCUGUUUUAAAGUGAUUACAGUCGGUAAAACUGUAAAAGAUCGUUAUUUAACAAAUCGAUAACUUCAGCUUAGGUGUCAUGCAUAUACGGGACGAGCAGUUGCGUGUUUGUGCUGCACUAUAAUGACGUCAUAGAAUGACAGGGCAUAAACAUGAAAGUAUUUUCAUGUUGUAAAUUAUUUUAUAUUUCAGUUUUAGAAGAGUUAUUGGUUUUUACGUAUAGUUGUGAUAAAGAAAAUCCAAAGAUGCCUUCAAAUUACGCUGCAACUUUUAAUAAAAAUGAACUGAAAGAACGGCUUUCUUCGCAACAAUUUUACGUAACUCAGAAUAAAGGAACAGAAAGAGCUUUUACAGGAAUGUAUUGGAAUCACCAUGAGAAUGGUAUAUAUCGUUGUGUAGUUUGCAACCAGAAACUGUUUUCAUCAUCCACAAAGUUUGACUCAGGCACUGGUUGGCCUUCUUUUUAUGACCUGAUUAGCUACGGUGCUGUCAAAGAGCUCACAGAUAAAUCCCUUGGUAUGACAAGAACUGAAGUUGUUUGCAGCAAGUGUGGUGCUCAUUUGGGUCAUAUGUUUCUUGAUGGGCCAAAGCCAACUGGCAAAAGAUAUUGCAUAAAUUCUGCAUCAUUGGAUUUCAAUAAAAAAGAUCCUUUGAAAGAUGACUUAUAAAUAUAUUUUAACCACUUAACUAAGCCAUUUUUUUUAAUUAAAACAACUUACUCAAAUUUGUAAAAUUUACUGUAGAAUUAGUAUAACAUCUGGAAGCUAUGAUAUUAUAUAUGUUGUAUAUGUAGCUGUCUUAAACCUUUCUUACUAACAAGACAUUGCUUAUGCCAUUUAUAUACAUUCAAGGAAAUGCAAGACAGUUUUUUUUAAUAUUAUUGGAUUGCCAAAGUUUGAAGUAUACUAGUAUGACUGAGCAAUGCAUGUAACAUACCACAUAUUUUGGUUAAUGCUAGUUUUUGAUCAUUUUUCUUGUACAUAUAAGUAUUCUGUGCAAUUAUAACAUCAACAAUAUUUGUUUUCACACUUAUUUAAAUGUCAUAUGUAGCAUACAUACAUAUAGCAAUGUAAAACAUAUCUUAAAACAGUUUUGUCCUGAUUGAAAUGUAAGUCAGAGUAAACUAAAAUAUAUUUUUUAAAAUUCAAAA